ACCUUAUCUACCGUGGGGACAAUGUCACACCAAAGCCCAGCCACGCAAUCACGGGAUCACACGGGCGCUCACCCCACUGCACGGAGCAGGGAGAGGCGGCAGCUGGGCCUGGGGAAAGCUUCUUCCAGGAGGGAAGGUUACAUAAGGUUACGCUUAAUCACAGGACGCAAAGCAGCAACUCAUUACCAAGUUUCUCUGUAAGUUCUGUCCUUCAGCUUCUUCUCAAGCAUUCAGUGGCUGCUGUGGCUUCCUGCCUUAGGGACCAGGAGAGAAUGCUCCAAUGGAGAGGUUCCAGAAGUUUGUUUUACUUCCUUUCAUCUUAGCUGCCUCGCUCACAGGUCUUAGCUUUUGUUAUUCUAUUCUGGAUGGCCCUACUAAUGCUACAGUCCUUGCUGGUUCAGAAGCCCGGUUUAAUUGCACAGUGGCAAGUGGAUGGGCAAUUCUCAUUUGGUUGUUGAAUGCAAAUCCUGUCCUCACUGUCACAAAUUCUCACGGACCUAUUGAAACAUCAGAUCGCUUCACCUCUCAUAGCUAUAACAACAGUCAAAGUUUCACCUCAGAGCUGAUCGUCCACAACACCCAGCUAAAUGACUCUGGAAAAAUUGAGUGCAGCAUCCAGAAGCUUGAUGGUAGCAGCUUUGCCUUUCUUUCUGUACAAGUUAAUGGAUCUUUACUCAUGAAAAACAGCACCUUAAUAGUUAAAGAGAACACAACAGUUGAAGUUGUUUGUGAAGCCAUAGGAUGGGCUCCAGCUCCAGAAAUUACCUGGAUGACAAAUGACUCUCUCGUUGAUAAGUCGAGGUAUGUUACCCAGCAAAGUCAAGGAUCUAACAGCCUCCACAACGCCCUGAGCGUCCUGACUUUGACUCCAGUGAAUACUGAGAUUUUGACGUGUUUAGCUGAUAUAGAAGCACUCCCUAGCCCUCAGAAUGCAACCAUAGCUGUUAUUGUUGGCAACUCUACUCUAGACGGCAAUUACAGUGAAGACAGCACAAGCACGUGGGUUAUUGCACUAGCAGUUGUGUUUUCAAUUGUUGGUUUUAUUCUUCUGAUAAUUCUUAUUUGGGUUGUCGUGCGCUGUUGCUGCCUAAAGAAAGGAUCCACAUAUGAAAAUGAAGUGAGGAAAAUUUCAAUUAAGAAGAAAACAGAUGACCAUUUGGGAAACAGACAAAGGAGAGGUAGUGAAAAUCAGGGAUACAUUCCAGAGGAACCACGUUACACAAGACAAAUCCCAACAGUUGUUUCUCUUCCUCCAAUGUCUACAAAGUUCACUGUCCCUCGUCCAGAUUUACGUACCAGCUCUGCACCAAAGGGACGACCUCAAAGACAUACCGAUUAUCCAAUCAACCCAAAGAAAAUUAGAAAUGUGACACAUGUUUAGGAUGGACUUCUGAAAAUUCUUAACCUGAGUUGCAUUUCAUGCUUCCUGCCACAGGGAAAAGUCACCACCAGUUCUCUCAAUUUAAGCUACAAGUUAUUAUUGUUUUUGUUUAUUUCUCUUGUUAUGAAAUAAAAUUGCAACCUUUACAAUACAUUGUAGUAUUUGACAGCUCAGCAAAAUAAUGGAUGCAAAUGACUACCUUAAAUUCAGAGGCAGCAAGUAUGAUGAGAAUCUAAAAGAACAAGAAUGUAUCGUUUCGAUUUCAAGAAAAUCAACAGAACUCCUACCAGCCAGAAAUGUCCAACUAUCCAUGGCGAGGUGAAGGACUGGAAUUUAAUUUUGGCAUAAUGCUUUGCGGUGGGUGGUGGCAGAACCUCCUGAGGACCCUUGAGUGACUGCUGGUGAUUAAGUAGUUCAGAGGAACUGGUUAAUAGUCAUACUGGUUAAUGCAAUAUCUACUGCAUUUAAAAAAAAAAAAAUACAGCUGAUUAUCUCAAGAUCAUAGUACUUUUCAAUUUAUGUUCUGUAAUAAAAUCAAGGGGAGUUUUGACAGAAAGCAAAAAUCUUAAGCUGAAAAAUGUGGAUAAAAUGACUGAUUUUUAAAAGCUGCUGCUUCAGUGCUUAAUGUCUCUGAUCUACUUGGGACUGAGUUUGACAGCUAAAUGAUGUGGAUCACAGUAAAGGAUGGCUGAUGGUGUUCAUCCUGUUGUUCCAUUGUGGAUAAAGUUGAUAAUGACCAGGAGAAACGCAUUUUAGCUGAGCAACCCAUCCAAUGGAUCAGGUCCUGCAGAAGGACCUUACGUAUGCCUUCUCAAUCUAAAAAGUACACUUUCUAACUGGAGUGAUUUUUGUGAAAUUCUGUAUUUCAUAAAAGAAAUGCUUAAGCAAUUUUAUUUUUAUACAAAGGCAAACUUUUUCCAUUGCACUUGUCUUUUUACCCACUCAAAGCAUUCUGAACUUCAGUGUUUCAGUAUUCAGUGUUUUGCAUGUUAAUUUUCUGCAUGAACCUUUGCAGGUGAUCUUUGAGUAAAGAAGCUGUUGCACAGAAGUACUUUCAGUGUUAAUCAGUGCAAUGAAAAUAAGAAAUUUGAAACUUGAUCUCAGGAAAAAAAAAUAUUGUUUUGUUUGUUUAGCAUUUAGGAUCUCAUUAAAUUGUGACAGAUUUUGCAUUGCUGGUCAUAUUUCCAGUCAGUCUGUCAGAACAAGUUCUGGGACUAAUUCAUCUUCUGCCAUAUGUAAUUGUAUACAUAGCUCUUUCAGAUUCUGGCCGCCUCCACUCUUUCUGUCUUGUCUGGUUGAAGGAGGAGCUUUGAAAUGCAUUCUCUUUGAAUGGAAUUGUAGCAAAAAGAUGUAAAUAACUAUAGUGUUAUACAGAGAAAAUAUAAUUUGUGAAAAUAUAAGUAUUUGUGGAAUAUCUGCAUUUAUUCUUUGAAUAACCAUGCAUUGGGAGAGAGAUCUGCAUUAUUCUGGUAUGAGUAUUGGUACUGCUGACAUCUCCUAGUUGAUAAUGCAGCUCAAUGCAACCUGAAAACCAAUAAAAAUCCACUUUAUUACAGAAAUGACACUGCACAAAACAGAUAGGCUGAGGGUAACAUCAGCCUGUGCCUUUGGGUAAAAGCCAUGGACCUUUGGCUUUCUGAGCACAUGCAUGGUUAGCAAGUCUACUCUCAUGAGAAGAGUAACCUUGCAGUACAAAAAUGAAAACUGGUUGGGAAGCAUUUGUUUCCUUGCAGAAAAUGUGUAUUAAUCAGAAUGCAUUUUGAAAAUGAAUUAAACUGUACUGUGUUGUUUAUCUCA